AUGUUCAAUCGUAUUUACUUUUUUACGCUUUCUGAACAACAAACGAUAUGCGAGAAAUCACAUGGAGAGGUCCACACGCAUUUGUCUGUUCGAAGAACAAUCUUUUGCCCCGGUUAUCAAGCAAAAUUGUGUGGGCGGAUAAAUGGGCCUAAGACGAAUAUCAAAACAAGUAGACCAUCAUCAUUUAUCAAACAGAUUCUUGUGCACCUUAGCGAGGGUUUCAGCUUGAUGCCUGCUUCCAAAAUGCUUAGUCAUGAAUAA